AAGAAAAACCUUUUAUUGUUUUAUUUCCAAAUACAGAGUCUAGGAUUUUAAUAUCAACAAACACAAGUAAAAUGGGAGGAUUAUUCAGCUCAAUAUUCAGUUCUCUGUUUGGACAAAAAGAAAGACGUAUUCUAAUUCUGGGUCUAGACGGUGCUGGUAAAACUACAAUCCUGUACAAGUUACAAGUUGGUGAAAUUGUGACAACAAUUCCUACUAUUGGAUUUAACGUCGAAACGCUGACGUACAAGAACCUAAAAUUCCAAGUUUGGGACCUUGGUGGCCAGACAAGCAUUCGACCAUAUUGGAGAUGUUAUUACAGCAACACAGAUGCUAUUAUUUAUGUGGUGGAUAGCAUGGAUAGAGAAAGAAUGAGCGUCUCGAAACAAGAGCUAGUGGGCAUGCUGGAAGAAGAUGAGCUUAAAAAAGCGAUUCUCGUCGUUUUUGCCAACAAGCAGGACAUAGAGGGAGCACUGACGGAAACAGAGGUCGCUAAAGAGCUCGGACUCGCUUGUAUAAAAGAUAGGAAGUGGCAAAUAUUCAAAACGAGUGCUGUGAAAAGCAUUGGACUUGACACUGCCAUGGAUUGGCUUGUAAACGCAAUACAGUCGCAGUGAAAAGUCAAACUGCAUGACGAUGCCUUGACACAUACAUACGGUGCUGCUCUUCAAUAUACGAGCUGAAAUUUCGAGCAUUUUCCCGGGAAAAAUAGUAUUUUAGAGCUCGAUCUAUUGUUUAGAAAUCAAGAAAUUGAAAAAUGUUCUUUUUAUGCAUAUAGUCAACUGCUACAAGAUGGUUUUGUAUAAAACAUAUUUAUUCCUGUAUAAUUUAGUUUUAUGUUUGUUUUGUCCCCAGAAUUUGUUACUUAUUCAAGGUCUCGGAGUUUUUUAUUUUAUAAAACAUACUGAAAUGUAGAACGUUAUAUGUGGAUAACAGAAGCGCUGUAACUGUUUUUAGAUGCACCUACACAAGAUUGUAGUGUACAAUACUAAAGUAGUGCCUCUGUUAGUUGGUGUUUUCGUCAAGUUUUAUUACUUUAUUAUUUCAAUCAAUUAAACUCUAUAUAUUACAACAU